AUGGGAGACGACAACAAUAACAUUGUUGAAGCAAAUAGGAUGAUGCAUGAGUUUGCUAGACCUUCCUUGGAGGGGACGCACAAUAGUAUAUUGCAGCCACCUGUUGCAGCAAACAAUUUUGAGAUUAAGCCAAAUGUCAUUCAGAUGAUUGGCUUCAGCUCAGCCACGAGGCGGAUGGUGGAUGCAGCUGUAGGUGGGGCCUUCAAUAGUAAGACGCUACAGCAGGCCUAUAACUUAAUUGAGGAGAUGGUCAUGAACACAAAUCAGUGGCAGUCUUCUUGGAGUAGGCCAGGACAGCAAGGAGUGGUGAACCAGGAUGAGCCAUCUAGGAAGGAGCCAGAGCCUGUGCGAACUAAGGACAAGAAGAAGAGUCUCGUGAGGGAAUACCAGCCUCUAAUUCCAUAUCCUGCGAGGUUGAAGCAGGAGAAGGUUGAUCAGCAGUUUAUGAAGAGGCGUGAUCCAGGGAGUUUCAUUGUACCUUGUAUUAUUGGUGAUUUGCCUAUUAGUGAUGCUUUAGCUGAUUUAGGUGCUAGCAUCAUGCCUAGUAGUUUGUUUGAGAAAUUAGGUUUGAGUGAGCCUAAACCUACUAGGAUGAGCAUACAGUUAGCAGAUAGGACUGUGAAAUAUCCUAGGGGAAUAGUUGAGAAUGUACUUGUUAAGGUAGAUAAGUUUAUAUUUUCUAUUGACUUUGUUGUUAUGGACAUGGAGGGUGAGAGUAGCAUGCCUUUAAUUCUAGGUAGGCCUUUCCUUGCAGGAUCUAGGGCUGUUAUAGAUGUGUGUGAUGGGAAGUUACAAAUUAGAGUAGGUGAUGAGACUAUUACCUUUGACCUUAGCACUUCUAUAAGACAUUCACUUGACCACGAUGAUACUGUGUAUUCUGUUGAUGUUUUGGAUGAUAUUGUGGAGUCUCAAUUGCAGGAGAUAUUACUUGAUGAUCCUUUGCAAGUAGCAUUACAGGCUGAUGAGGAGGAGUUGUCUAUUGACCAUUUUGACAAGUCAAGGGUGCAUAAAUUGAGACCUUCACUUGAGGAGCCACCAGCUUUGGAAUUGAAAAAGUUGCCUAAGCACUUGACCUAUGCCUAUCUGGAUGAGGCGGAGAAGCUGUCGGUGAUCAUUGCAGCUGAUUUGACUUAUGAGGAGAGGGAGAUGACUUUGGCUUCUCUCAGAAAGUAUCUCGAGGCCUCUGUAUACAAGAUUGCAGACAUUCCUGGAAUCAACCGGAGCUAUUGUUCGCAUAAGAUCCUGAUGGAGGAUAAUUACAGCUCUUGGCUUAGUCCUGUACAGGUUGUGCCCAAGAAGGGAGGUAUGGCAGUGGUCAAGAAUGAGAAGGAUGAGCUGAUAUCGACUAGGAUGAGGUGUAUGAUGGCGAUCUUCCAUGAUAUGAUUGAAGAGUCUAUGGAGGUGUUCAUGGAUGACUUCUCGGAAAAGUGUCAUUUUAUGGUGAGAGAGGGUAUUGUGCUAGGGCAUAAGAUUUCACAUGCAGGGAUGGAGGUAGAUAGAGCAAAGGCUUUUGAGUUACUUAAGGAGAAGUUAACUACAAUCCCUAUUCUGGUUUCGCCUAAUUGGAGGUUGCCUUUUGAGCUAAUGUGUGAUGCUAGUGAUUUUGUAGUUGGAGCUGUUUUAGGACAGAGGCUUGAGAAGAAGUUCCAACCAAUCUAUUAUGCUAGAUACACAUUGACAGAUGCCCAGGAGCACUAUACCACUACUGAGAAGGAGUUGCUUGCUCUCGAAUUCGACAUUGAGAUCAAGGAUAAGAAGGGUGCAGAGAACUUGGUCACAGAUCACCUUUUAAGAUUGGAGAACCCGAGCCUAGAUGCACUUGAUGAGAGGGCUAUUGAUGACAGUUCUCUAGAUGAGUAUUUGUGCUCUAUUAAGGUGAUUGGACAAUGCGUGUAUGGGGAGGAGAUCCUUCAAAUUUUGAGGCAUUGCCAUGAGGGACCGAUGGGAGGUCAUCAAGCAGUUAACCAUACUGCUAGAAAGUUUCUUGAUGCUGGAUUCUAUUAG